CUCUCCUGACCCGUCGCCGCGUAGACCUCCGCACCGCGCCGCGCCGCGCCGCGCCGCGGGAAGAUGGCGUUGGAGGCCGGCGACAUGGAAGAUGGGCAGCUUUCCGACUCAGAUUCCGACAUGACGGUCGCACCCAGCGACAGGCCGCUGCAAGUGCCAAAAGUGCUAGGCGGGGACAGUGCUAUGAGGGCCUUCCAGAACACGGCAGCUGCAUGUACACCAGUAUCACAUUAUCGAGCUGUUGAAAAUGUGGAUUCAAGUGAAGAGAGUUUUUCUGAUUCAGAUGAUGAUGGCUGUCUUUGGAAACGCAAACGGCAAAAAUGUUUUAACCCUCCCAAACCAGAGCCUUUACUGUUUGGCCAGAGCAGUCAAAAACCACCUGUUGCUGGAGGAAAGAAGGUUAACAACAUAUGGGGUGCUGUGCUGCAGGAACAGAAUCAAGAUGCAGUCGCCACUGAACUUGGUAUCUUGGGAAUGGAGGGCACUAUUGACAGAAGCAGACAAUCUGAAACCUACAAUUAUUUGCUUGCUAAGAAACUUAGGAGGGAAUCUCAAGAGCAUACAAAAGAACUAGACAAGGAACUAGAUGAAUAUAUGCAUGGUGACAAAAAAAUGGGAUCAAAGGAAGAGGAAAAUGGGCAAGGUCAUCUCAAAAGGAAACGACCUGUCAAAGACAGGCUAGGGAACAGACCAGAAAUGAACUACAAAGGUCGAUACGAGAUCACAGAGGAAGAUUCUCAAGAGAAAGUGGCUGAUGAAAUUUCAUUCAGGUUACAGGAACCAAAGAAAGAUCUGAUAGCUCGAGUAGUGAGGAUUAUUGGGAACAAAAAGGCAAUUGAACUUCUGAUGGAAACUGCUGAAGUUGAACAAAAUGGUGGUCUCUUUAUAAUGAAUGGUAGUCGAAGAAGAACACCAGGUGGAGUUUUUCUGAAUCUCUUGAAAAACACUCCUAGUAUCAGCGAAGAACAAAUUAAGGACAUCUUCUACAUUGAAAAUCAAAAGGAAUAUGAAAAUAAAAAAGCUGCCAGGAAGAGGAGAACACAAGUGUUGGGGAAAAAGAUGAAACAAGCUAUUAAAAGUCUAAAUUUUCAAGAAGAUGAUGAUACAUCACGAGAAACUUUUGCAAGUGACACAAAUGAGGCCCUGGCAUCUCUUGAUGAGUCACAGGAAGGACAUGGAGAAGCCAAGUUGGAUGCAGAGGAAGCCAUUGAAGUUGAUCAUUCUCAUGAUUUGGACAUCUUUUAAGUACAUUUUCAACAGUAUGAGGACUAAGCCUUUCUAUAAUAACAUUGUAAUAAACCAUUUUUACUGAGAUUGCAACAUUUUGCACUGAAAAACAUGAGAAUCUGGAGGAAAGAUAAUUGUUUUCUUGUUUUAAAUAAAGUAUGUGGGGAAAGGAAUGCAACUGAUAGAAACAUUUAAAGGUAUCUCAUGUCUGACAAAAUACUUAAGAGUAUAUAGCACAGGAUUUAAUUUCUUAAUCUGUUGCAUGUGCUAAUUAUUAUGACUUAAUAGUUGAUAAUCAGUUUUAUCUAGGUCAUAACAUACUAUUCAAAAGUUUGUUUGCUUUUUCAAGUUUAUCUCUGCAUUGAAUUAUGCUUUGGCUUUAAAACAGUCCAUGAAAAUCAUAACAGGACAUAUAAAUUAUUAAGCUGUUACAAGUGCAUUCAGAUUUGCUUUUUCUGUGUUCUAAGAACUCAGGCAAUUUUAAGGAUAAAGACUAAAAUUGGCCAGGCUUGGUGGCUCACACCUGUAAUCUCAGCACUUUGGGAGGCUGAGGUCAGGAAUUCAAGAUCAGCUAGACCAACAUGGUGAAACCCCAUCUGUACUAAAAAUACAAAAAUUAGCUGGGCGUGAUUAUGCAUGCCUAUAAUCCCAGCUACUCGGGAGACUGAGGCAGGAGAAUCACUUGAAACUGGGAGGCAGAGAUUGCAGUUAGCUGAGAUCCAGCCUGGGUGACAGAGCAAGACUCCAUCACACACACAAAAAAAGACUAAAAUUAAGAUAUUUGGACUGAUGGUUCUUCCUACUCAUUUGUUUGUCCAGAAGUAAGUAAAUGUCAGAAGUUUUUCAGAUAAUUAUUUGUUCUUUUUGUUUUUUGUUUAAGUCAGAGUCUCAAUCUGUCGCCUAGGCUAGAAUGCAGUGGCAGUCUCGGCUUACUGCAGCUUCCAUCUCUCAGGUUCAAGUGAUCACGAGCCUUAGGCUCCUGAGAGCUGGGAUCACAGGCAUGCACCACCAAGCCCAGCUAAUUUUUGUAUUUUUAGUAGAGACUGUUUUCGCCAUGUUGACCAGGCUGAUCUCGAACUCCUGGCCUCAUCCUCCCAAAGUGCUGGGAUUACAGGCGUGAGCCACUACGCCCAGCCUAUUUGUUCUUAAAUUUAACGUGUUUUUUGACUUCUUAAUUAAUUUUGUUAUAUACUAAAUGUGAUCUCCUGUGUAUUACCACAUACACUAAAAAAAUUUUCAAACUGGGCGCCAUGGCACAGUUUGAUAAAAAUCCCAACAUUUUGAAAGGACAAGAGAGGAAGAUUGCUUCAACCCAGGAGUUCCAGACCAAAAUGGGCAACAUAGUGAGACCAUGUCUCUAAUUUAAAAAGGAAAAAGAAAGGAAGCAUUCCCAGUGGCAGCCUGCCUAAGACUUUUACCUUAUGUUAAGGAAGUUAAGUCCUUAAAAGGUCACAUAGGCUGGGCACGGUGGCUCAUUCCUGUAAUCCCAGCACUUUGGGAGGUUGAGACAGGUGAAUCACUUGAGGUCAGGAGUUCAAAACUAGCCUGGCUAAUUUGGUGAAACCCCAUCUCUACUAAAAAUACAAUAACCAGGCAUGGUGGUGCAUGCCUAUAAUCUCAGCUACUUAGGAGGCUGAGGCAGGAGAAUUGCUUGAACCCGGGAUGCGAAGGUUGCAGUGAGCCAAGAUUGUGCCACUGCACUCCAGCCUGGGUGACAACAAAACUCCAUCUCUAAAAUAAUAAAAUGUCACAUGUGCAUGAAGUUUUAAAUUACCCUUUCUUAAUGAAGAAAAUAAAGGUAGUUUAGACAUUCCAAGAGUUAACUAGCUUACCGAAUAUAUUAAGCAGAAAUUUUGUAUAUUAAGCAAAAAUGUAAAACUCAGUAAUUACAAACUAUUCCUUACAAUUAAUGUAAUUGAAGUCUUUCAGUAGUUCUGAGAAUAUGGUCAUUGAAGUUGGAUCUAAGGAAAGUGGUUAUCGUUUGCUUUUUAUUUAUAAAGAAUGCAAAAAUAAAAUUAGAUUUUUGGCAGUCCUUAA